AUGAACAGCAAUAACACUCCUCCUCCUCCUCCGCCUCCUCAUCCUCCUCACGCCGCGCCUCUGGGUUGCAGGCUAUUUCGAGCCAGUAAGCAAGCUGUUCACAACAAUAUUGCGGUCGUGUUCUACAAUAUAUACAUACCGACCUCGUCGUUGACCAGCUACAGGCCCGCGCCGCCUCCGGUGGCCACUUCUCGCGGUGUAUGGGAUCGUCCUCCACCACAGCAGCGCCCUCGAGCCGUCCUGGUGUCUGCCUAG